AAAUAAAAAACGUAAAAAAAAUCAUGACAGAAUCCCUUUAAGCAUGACAGAAUCCCUUUAAGCAGAAUGGCAACCAGUUAUGGGCCCAGGAGAGAUGGAGGAAACCCGAUAGAGCAUUCUGCUGUUUGACGUAGAUGAAAACAAAUAUGAACUGUUGGAGAUCGUUUAUAGGUCAAAUGCGCCUGGUGAAUCUUAAAGAACCCAUCCUGCAUCCUGCAUGAGGACAGAAGUAAUAGAGAGGAGACUUAAACAGAGUUAUUCCCAUUUUUAGAUGAUAAGUCUCUCUGAUUAUGAGUGAAGCAGCUGGAAGGAAACUGCUGCAAACACAGCUAUGAAACGGCUAUGCUAGCAAAUGUAAGCCACAAAUAAUUAGCUUAUAUACAAAGUUAAUAUCUCUACAGAAAGCUGCAAAUGAAAGUGUUACAUAUUAUGUAAUAUGUGCAGAAACAGCCAUUACAGCACUGAGAAAUGCUGUAAUGACCUGUUGAUUGCAAUGAUUCUUCGGGCCUACUUGAAUAAUUUAAACCUUUUGCUAUGCAUGUCAUACAAGGUGGUGGGAAAUUGGAUUUUACUGAAUUUAAAAAUCAGUUAAGGCGUUUUGACACUGAAAAAUAUUGUCAGAGGCAACAUUAACCAGGUCUGCUACAGCUGUGAUGAAAAGAGCCACAAAGCUAAAGCAUACCCAAGCAAACUAAAUAAAAGGCUGUCACAGUGGUGUAGCUAUUGUAAGAGCCCAACGCAUAAAGAGACAUUUUGUAGAUGCAAAUAGCGGGAUAAUGUAAGCAAGCAGCUGAUGGAGCAGAGCAAAUAUUUGCCUUCAAAAUAAGUGAAAGCCAGUCAAACCAUUUAACACCAAAGGGACUAAUGGUGGCUAAAGGAGCAACAUCACAUAUAAUUACUAACAUUAAAAAGUUUGAGACAUUCAAGCCGGAAAACCACUGCACGGAGUUGGUGGGUGGUAAAAAAAAUUUCAUCAAGCUCGGUGCAAAUUGAUCCUUAAGAAGAGUACCAAAUUCAACAUCAAGAAAUAUAAUAGACUUUAUCUGAACAGUUUUGAUGAGACUUAUGACCGUUGCCAUGGUCGCUAUGAUAUUCAAACUUUGCAUGAAAUCCUUGAUCACUGUAAUUACAAUAUUUUUAAACUACAAUGUGUAGUAGACAGAAUGAAUAUUAAGGGUAAAUUGUGAAACCUAAAUUGUGAAAUUUGUACCCAAUGAAAAUUUGUUCAGAACAGAAACAGUCUAACACCCAUGUCAAACUCACUCACUCACUUGAGCUGGUACACACUGAUUUUGCAGGCCCCAUAGAGCUAGUAGCUAAAGAUGGUUUUAGAUAUGCCAUAGCAUUUUUACUGAUGAUUACUGUGCACUGCAGUAUUUGUGUACUUUCUAAAAAAUGUAAUACAGUAUUUGCCACAGAAAAAUUCAUUGCUGAUACGGCCUCCUAUGGGGCAAUCAAAUGUAUAAGGUCUGAUAAUGGCACAGAAUUCAUGGCAAAAACGUUUCUCUCACUGCUCAGUAAGAAGAGCGCAAGACAUGAGACCUCAGCACCUUAUUCACCCCAUCAAAACUGGACUGCUGAGAGAAAUUGGAGAACACUUUGAGAUCGCAAGAUAUGUUACAUGAGCGUAAAAUGCCAAGAGUUAUGGGCAUGCUGUAAUGAUUGCUGCUAUGAUUUGCAAAAGGUGUUUUAACUAUCGUUUAAGAAACUCCAUACUACAUGCUAACAGGGAGAGCUUAAUAUUUAAAGAUGAAAACUUUAGGGUCAAAAUGCUUUGCAUACCAGGAAAAAUUGAACUCUUCUUAAAGAACAUAAACCUUGAGGCAUAUAGUGAUGCUAGUUUGGUCUCAGAUUUAAAUGACAGAAGAAGCACAACAGGAUAUUCUCGUGUAGGUAUCAGCAUUAACCGUGGCCUGCUGUGCCUGGGAAAUGUCAUCAGUGCCCUAGGUGAUGAAAGCAAGAAGGGUGGCUUUGUACCUUACAGAGACUCCAAGCUGACUCGUCUCCUGCAGGGUGAGCUCUAGCUAUGUCUUUGAACUUUUUUUUUUUUUUUUUAAAUUUGGAGUUGGCUCCAAAGAUGUGGCAUUUAAAAUAGUCUAUUAAUAGAUUUUACAGCAAAACCAUUUACACUUUGGUGGACUUGGAAGUGUGGUAAGCUGGCAUAGUUUGUGGAAAUUUGAAAUUGUGUUUUACAUUUUUAAUAACCACUCUGGUUUGGUUUGCUACACUUAUGCUUCUUCUUACAGAACUUUUAUUUUUUAAUUUUAUUCACAUCUGCACUGUACAAACCAUACAAUGAUCUAAAGGAAUCUAUAAUUUAAAUACCAUUUUUUAUAUAUAUGAGCCUUAAAAUGGGUUUGCUUCCUAAAUUUCUGUUGGUCACGGUAUCCUCCUUACAUUGUGCAGAUUCUCUUGGUGGGAACAGCCACACUCUUAUGAUCGCAUGUGUUAGUCCUGCUGACUCGAACAUGGAAGAAACUCUAAAUACACUGCGAUAUGCUGACAGAGCGAGGAAGAUCAAGAACAAACCUAUUGUCAACACUGAUCCCCAGGCUGCAGAGCUACAACGACUUAAACAACAGGUGAUGCUUUGCCCUUUGAAAAAUAACCAUUGCCUUUAUCUGUUCUAAGAAUCUCUUUUCCAGUGUUUUAUAUAGCCGAUAUAAUUCCACACAUCCUUAUGGUUUAUAAUUCUUCAAGAGCUGUUGCUUUUCAUUGUUAGGUACAAGAAUUUCAAGUCCUGCUACUUCAGGCACAUGGAGGAACUCUGCCAGUUUUGAACAGACUGAGCAACAGAAUGAAAAACUGGCCAGUAAAAUUGAAGAGCUAAAGCAACAUGCUGCGUGCAAAGUGAACCUUCAGAGAUUAGUAGAAACACUGGAAGACCAAGAGCUUAAAGAUAAUGUGGAGGUUAUCCAAGACUUGCAGCAUGUCAUUGUGCAGCUCCAGGACGAAAGCUCUGGAAUUGCAGCCUCUAUUGAGGCAAUGGCUGAAGAGGCUGCAUCCUUUCCAGUGUCUGAAGAGGAGAGAAACGCUCCUCUGAUGGAUUCACUACCAAUCAUGCUUUGCGUCAGGCCCAGCUCUCCAAGGAGCUGAUCGAAUUAAACAAAACUUUGGUGAUGAAGGAAGCUCUGGCAAGGAAGAUAGCUCAAAAUGAUAGUCGGCUAGAGCCGAUUCAGAGCGAGUAUCUGAGCAAUAUAAAACAUCUCGAGUCUGAAGUGGGAGUCCUGCAAAAAGAAAAGGAGGAGCUUAUUCUGGCACUUCACUCUGCCAAAAAAGACAACAAUCAGGCUAAAUUAAGUGAGCGUCACCGCAAGAGGCUCCAAGAGCUUGAGGGGCAAAUGACAGAGCUUAAGAAAAAGUUAGGUGAACAGCUUCUGAAAAUCAGAGAGUCCACUGAAAAAACAGUCACCAAAAUGUACCAGGAGAUCCAGGGAAUGAAAAUACAGAGGGUGCAACUCAUGCGACAGAUGAAAGAGGAUGCUGAAAAGUUUCGUACCUGGAAACAACAAAAAACGAAAGAGGUUAUUCAGCUAAAGGAGAAGGACCGAAAGAGGCAAUAUGAGCUACUGAAACUUGAAAGGGACUUCCAGAAACAGGCCAAUGUCCUCCGCAGGAAAACCGAAGAGGCAGCCUCUGCCAACAAAAGGCUAAAAGAGGCCUUGCAGAGACAGAAGGAGGUCAUGGAAAAACGGAAAGAUUCCCAGAGCAAAGGCAUGGAAGGUGCUGCCUCUAGAGUAAAGGACUGGCUGGGGUUGAAGUGCUUGUCAGCACAGACGAGGCACAGAGACAUCUAAAUGACCUUCUGGAGGACAGAAAAAUCCUGGCCCAAGAUAUAGCACAGCUGAAACAGAAGAAGGAUGCCGGCGAGCGCAUUCCUACCAAAAUCCGGAUAUGCAAGCAAUACAAUGUCAGCUAAGAUUCCAGAUUAUUUUUUUUCUGCUACUGACAAUCCUCUUGGCUGGUUUUCUAUAGAGGCGCACUUACACUGUUGCAGAACUGGAAAACCUGGAGGAAGAGGCUUCUGUCGCCAAGCAGAUUGAGAGCUUAGAGACCGAAAUGGAGAUCAGGUAAAAAUGUUGGCCCCUUGUCCAGCAUAAACCUAAUUCUUUAUAACAAAUGUACAACUUGCUUCAGUGUUUUAUGCCUACUUACCAUAAAACUCAAUGUGGCAAAUUUUAGCUGGGUGGCAAACAUUUAUUUGGUCUUUUCCAGCCCCACUUAACUGUGUAUUAUACAGUCAAAGUCCAAGUGCAUCCUUUCCAAAUGUACCCCAGCGAUCUGGAGUCUCAGGUCUUAAAAAUAAUAAAAAUUUUAUUGUUCAAUCACAGACUGAUGUUUGGGCCCCCUCUGGGGCCUUUUUCAAAGUGCCUAAUUAGGGUUAAACCUGCCUUAAAUACAUAGACUGGUGGGAAGACCGCUAACGAAUCUCUGACAUGUCAGUAUCAUCACCACUAAGCAACUCCCCUAAAGGCUAAAUGUAAAAUACUAGCAAUGCAUUCAUAGCAUGCUAUUUCUACA